AUGCAAAACCCUAAAGACUCUGCGUUAUACGCACCACUGGUGCAGCAUGAUGCCCAAUCUUCCAGCGAUGCCCUGGAUGCAGAUACAGAACAGUUAACACUGAGCGCACUCAUCAUAUGGGACGUGUUACGAGCAGAAAUGAACGAAUAUAUGCAUAGCAAUAGAGCAAAUGGAUAUCGCGACGACGACUCUCGCAACGGCCGACCUGAUGCCAGUUCAGCGAAGAAGUUUUCUCAAAGGCGCCUUAUCAUUAGCCUUGCUCCAUUUACCGUAAUUAUGGCCCUUGGCUUCAUUAUCUUGGCCGGAUUGCUCGGAGUAUGGGUGACUCGCACAAAACCAAACGAAAAUGUUGUUCCGCACACGCCGCUUGAGCAAAUCGCUCUACGCAACAAUUCGGAUCUAGGAUAUGAUCAUAUGAAUAUCGAUGACUGUUAUUCUGAGAAAAAGCGAAGCCCAGAGGGUGAUAUUGUCGCAAACAAGGAACGGUUCCCUUCCGGGAUGAAUGCGCUGACGGAUCAAAUACACUCCCUCGGACUGGAUAUCAAGCUCUUCCAAGAUUGGGGAUUCGAUUUAUUAAAAUACGACAACUGCGCUGUGCCCUUUGAUGAAAUUAUCAAGGAGGGUAUGGUCGGUAAAUUCACGCGCAUGUCAGAAGCAAUUAUCAGGCUAAGCAAGAGCUCUGGGAAACCACCCUUCUUAUUUUCGCUGUGCCAAUGGGGUCGCAAUCAACCAUGGAUCUGGGCCCGUAAACUGGGUCAGAGCUGGAGAGUGAACCCGGAGUGGAAGUCUUUGGCUAGCAUCUUGAACGAGAAUUCUUUCAUAGCUACUGCGACGGAUUUCUAUGGACGCAAUGACAUGGAUAUUUUGUUUUUCUUUGUACCUCGCAGAGGAAACGGCGAUCUCACAUAUGAAGAACAAAAAUCGCACUUCACGGCGUGGGCUCUCAUGAAGUCCCCCUUAUUAAUUCUUGCCACCGUCACAGAACAGACUCUGAGCAUUUUGAAGAACACCGAAAUUAUUGCGAUUAAUCAGGAUCCCGUCGUCGGCACAUCGAUCACUCCUUUCCGAUGGGGAAUUAACCCUGAUUGGACCUUUAACGCCACCCAUCCUGCUCAAUACUGGAGCGGGGACAGUCAGAAUGGCACCGUCUUCAUGCUGCUGAACACUCUGGAUCAUCCUGCCGACAUGACUUUCCGUUUGACGGAGUCGCCUUGGAUUCGUGCAGGCCGGCAAUAUUCAGUCAGGGAUCUCUGGACCCAUACGCAAAAUGGUACGGCAGUUCGGAACUUCACGGCGCACAACGUGCCACCACAUGGAGUUGUGGCUCUGCUUCUGAAAGAUGAUGGCGAUGAGCCUGCAGGAACUCUUCCUGAGUGCGCGAUGUUGGACUGGUGCACUGAUCAGAAUGGGACUCGUGUUGAUGGCAGAGAUUGA